CUCCCACGUAAUGGUAAGAAUCAGAAGAGGCCAUGAACGACAAACGAUUGCAUCGGCAACGUGGUUCCCCCCGACAAGCGGCAGAGGAGAGGACCCCGGCGCAUGGGUGUUUUUUGACUAGCGAUCAUCCAAUCGCUAACCUCGAACGGAUGAUUUCAUGCCAGGCCGGGGACGUCCGGGGUAUCUUUAGCAUGCUGGACGGUUUAGUCCUGUCUCGAUCGCGCCAGUGUGCUGGGACUAAGGCGAGACUUGGACCCGUGCGCUCAUCCAUAUCUAUCCCCAGUGCCCACGCUCGGUUUCUUGCUUGCCCCUCGGUUUCUUUCUGCGUCUCUGCAUCUUCCUGUUCCCCAGGUCCAUAGAUUCCCAGGUUUACUCUUGUGUUCUCCGAGUGUCAUUGCCUAAGGUACUACUUUUCGCAUUGGCCAUUAUAUACUUGUGUACAAUGCACAACCAGGUCAAGAGAAAGACGUCGGUGGCUGGACUCACCACAGGCGGAAGGACAGUGAAACGACGAGCAUCCAAGGCUUGCCAUUGCUGUCGAUCCAGGAAAGUCAGGUGCGACGUGGUCGAGGGCGGCAUUCCCUGCACAAACUGCAGACUCGACGAAGUGGAAUGCGUAGUCACGGAGGGGAAACGGAGAAGAAAGUCAUGCGCAGAAGGCGAGCUGUUUCAUCAGUCUCCGUGCAACUCAAUCCAAGAGGAAACGGAACCUCCACAGUUUCCCAUCUUUGACGAUAUCGAUGGUCUGAAUGACUUUGCGCCUGCGCUAUCCUCGGUCGAGCCCGGUCAGAAUCUGCAUGCUUUGGAAUUUGAGCUCAGUCACCACAGACCUCAUAUGCUCUAUCAGACACAAGGUCAUCGACUGAGCAGAGAAGAACGCACCAGACGCAUGUCCGCGAUCAGCACCAGACCUCAUCCAACACCAGCCCAGCUCCCUACCGGAAUGUCGUACUUCCCACAGCAAAGCCCUCGACCAGAAAUCGCCCUGCCUCCUUUCAUCAAGCCAAUCUCACCAAGGCUUGCAAGUGAAGAUCUCGAAUAUCUGCAGAAGAAGGGGGCCUUCAUUGUGCCCGAGCCAGGAUUGCGUAACGAAUUGCUUCGUUGCUAUGUCCAGUAUGUGCAUCCAUACCUGCCGUUGAUCGACCUGCAGGAUUUUCUUGGUACCGUGCAAAAGGACCAACCCACCGACACCGUCAGCCUGUUGUUGUUCCAAGCCGUCAUGUUCGCUGCUACUGCAUAUAUAGAUAUGCGUUAUCUGGUAGCACAAGGCUACAUGACUCGUAAAGCGGCUAGGAAAUCUUUCUUCCAGAGAGUUAAGCUGCUGUACGACUUCGACUACGAGAUAGACCGCGUCACAGUGGUCCAGGGUGUCUUGCUGAUGACCUAUUGGUACGAAAACCCGGAUGACCCCAAGGAUGUCUGGCACUGGCUGGGCGUUGCCAUCUCUGUUGCACGAACCAUCGGACUCAACUGCGACACGUCGAAUGCUCCCUUGAUGAGCAUGCAACAACGACGUCUAUGGAAGCGGAUAUGGUGGUGUUGCUUUAUGCGAGACCGCCUGAUUGCUAUCGGCAUGCGUCGUCCAAUGAGAAUCAACAAGGGAGAUUUCGACGUCCCUAUGCUUGGAUUGAGCGACUUCGAGACUGAACCUCUGCCGACCGAGCUUACUCGCUUGCUCGGGGGCUGUCCCGCCGUCAAAGACAUCUCGACGCGAGUGACUUUGGCCAAGAUGUGCAUGGCCUUAGCUGAUCUCUGCAUGUGCAUCACCCAGGUUCUCGCUGUACAAUACUCAACCCUCGGCCACAAGAUCGGGGCAACACAAGAAACGACCAUGAGAUUGGUACCCAAGAAAUCCGCCGCCGACCCAUGUGACGUGAUUCGAUGUGACGGAGAGCUCGAAGAGUGGUACAAGAACCUAUCGCCGUCCUUGCGCUUCUUUGCUCCAGGCUCUCGGGACUGUCCAAGCACUAAUGACGGAGAUAUCAUCAACCUGCAUAGGGCACUUUUGACCGGCAUCUACCUUACGGCUGUCAGCGCCCUGCAUAGACCACAGAUCCUACCCUCUGCACCAACAGUUGUGGUUGCUCCCGAGCUUCGAGAAUUGUCCAAGCGCAAAGUCCGUGAAGCUGCAGACGACAUCACCAACAUGUACAGAGAUCUCUUCGCCCACGAUCUGAUCCGCUUCUUGCCAAACACGGGAGUGACAUGCCUUCUGCCGGCUAUCAUUAUCCACCUACUCGACAUCAAGUCAACGGAUGCUGCCGUUCGACAAGCUAGCAUUCGCAAGUUUCAAUUUUGUAUGCAAGCUCUGCAACGACUUCGCGAGAUGUAUGCUUCGGCAGACUUCUCAUUCUCGUUCUUGGAUGCCGCUGUUCGUAAGACGAAUUGUCAGCUCAGUGCGGCUACCAUUGCCACAGCUGCCUCCGAUAACAAGGAGCAGUUCUCGAACAGUGGAAGCCCGUUCGAGCACAAGCCUUUCCCUUCGGGACCGUUGCUUCUCACACCGCCUCCAGAAGCCAUGCAAACAGCAAAGCUUCUGCUAUUCAGCUCGACUCUGGCUCCUGAGGAGCGCAACCUUCUCUCCGCUUUCACACCGCCGGGCUCGGCAGGUUCUGAAGCGAGCUUGCAUUCAUACAACACUGGCGGGGCCGCUGCUGGUUUGCGCGAGAUCCACCAGGAGGAUGAAUUGGACUAUAAGGGAGCCGACGAACCUCAGCAAGAGCUGACGCAACUCGAUUUCGAGUCCCUUGUGAACCUGGAGGGUGGCAGUGAUCUGUUUUCCAGUGUGGAAGAUGAUAUGGACAUGAACUUGCAAUGGUUGAAUGGAUUUGAUGCCGGAGAUCUGGACAUGAACAGUGAGGAGCAUACCUUUGGUAAGGAUCACGCAGGUGUGGGAAUUGAUGGUUCAGGCUAUGCUGAACAGCCAGCGAAUGUUACAUUGGUGGCCUAGGCCUUAUGUGCUAUGCCUGCUAUGAAUCAAUGGUUGGGGAAGAAAGGCAUUUUGUAUAUACUGUACUUUGUAUCAGAGUCUGUAACCACGAUAUAUGACAAAAGUGAUUGAUCAUAAUCAUCAGGCUAAAGGACGCCAUAUGGUGUACUCGUACAAAGCACCUCGUACGCGUCUUGUGGCUUGCCACCAAAAAUCCUCAUUAGCUGCGAUACGGUAUGGGUGGCUUGCAGAUCUCAUCUAAAGGUGCGGGUGGUUGCCGUCGUAUUACUGCAAGACAUCACGGAGCUUUAUUUUGACCACUUCGGCCACUUGAAGAUUUCUUCAUUUCCA